AUGUCACGAAUGGCGGCCCCGUCUCCGCCUCUGUCCAUGAAGCCCCCGACGCUGCCCUUCUCCCCGCCCAAGAAGCCACCGCCGAUGCCGGUGUACAAGGACCUGCACUUCAACCUCGACCUCUCCGCCACCAAGAAGCUCCAGGCCGGAGUGGACCUGGUGGCGCGGUUGCUGGGGGUCACCCUGGGGCCCAAGGGGAGGAACGUGGUGCUUGGCAACAAGUAUGGUCCUCCUAAGAUUGUCAAUGACGGGGAGACCGUCCUUAAGGAGAUCGAAUUGGAAGAUCCAUUAGAAAAUCUUGGAGUGAAGCUGGUCCGACAGGCUGGAGCAAGGACCAAUGAUAUUGCAGGAGAUGGUUGUACCACAUCCAUAAUCCUUGCUCAAGGCCUCAUUGCUGAAGGAAUGAAGGUUCUUGCAGCUGGAAUCAAUCCAGUCCAGGUUGCACGUGGCAUUGAGAAGACUGCUGCUGCUUUGGUGUCUGAACUCAGAGUGAUGUCGCGGGAGAUUGAAGACCAUGAAAUUGCACAUGUGGCUGCAGUUAGUGCGGGAAAUGAUUAUGCUGUUGGAAAUAUGAUUUAUGAUGCUUUUCAAAGAGUAGGUAGAAAAGGAAUGGUGAAAAUUGAAAAUGGAAGAGGCACCGAGAACAGUCUGGAGGUUGUGGAAGGAAUGCAGUUUGAACGCGGUUACCUCUCUCCUUACUUUGUUACCAAUCGUGGUAAUAUGACGGUGGAGUUCACUGACUGUCAGAUACUAUUUGUUGACAAGAAAAUUACUGAUGCUAGUGAGAUUAUAAGGAUACUUGACAGUGCUGUCAAAGAAAAUUAUCCGUUGUUAAUAAUUGCUGAGGAUGUGGAAGAACAAGCAAUGGCUGAUUUGAUAAAAAACAAGCUGAAAGGGACAAUUAAGGUUGCAGCGGUUAAGGCCUUCUCUUUUGGAGAACAAAAGACUCAAUGCUUGGAUGACAUUGCAAUCAUGACAGGAGGUACACUAGUGAGGGAUGACAUGGGACAUAUACUAGAAAAGGCAGGAAAAGAGGUUCUUGGUUUUGCUUCUAAGGUGGUAAUCACGAAAGAUUCAACGCUAAUUGUUACUGACGGAAGCAAUCGUCAAGCAGUUGAGGAAAGGGUUGCUACGAUAAAAGGCCAAAUUGAGAACUCUAAGGAAAGGUACAAGAAGAAGAUAUUGGGUGAGCGGAUAGCAAGGUUAUGUGGUGCAAUUGCAAUCAUCCAGGUUGGUGCUCAAACAAUCAUUGAGAUGAAAGAUAAGAAGCUGAGGAUUGAAGAUGCACUUAACGCAACAAGGGCAGCUAUUGAGGAAGGUGUUGUAGUUGGUGGUGGAUGUAGCCUAUUAAGACUGUCGGAGAAGAUUGACGCAAUCAAGGAAUCAUCAUUGGAUAAUAUAGAGCAGGAGGUUGGUGCCGACAUCUUCAAAAAAGCCUUGAGUUACCCUACCUCUCUAAUAGCAAACAAUGCAGGGGUGAAUGGCGACUUUGUCAUUAAAAAGGUGUUACUGAAUGAUGAUGCAAAUUAUGGUUACAAUGCUUCCAAGAACUGCUAUGAGGACUUGAUGGCUGCUGGAAUACUGGACGCAUCAAAGGUUGUGAGGUGUUGCAUUGAGCACGCUGCUGUGGUUGCUAAGUCCUUCCUCACCUCUGAUGUGGUGAUUGUUGAGGCAAAAGAAGGCAAACCUAUUCGAAUAAGACCCCCAAUGCCUCCUAGGAACUUAAUUCCCCCAAUGCCCGCUUCAAGUAAUUCUAGAACCUUCAAAUAUAAUAGAUACAUUUUCAUCUCAAUAUCAAAGUUAUUAGCUUAG